GGUUCUCAUCUACUGCACAUCUCAAGAAGUCACAUCAAAAGGAAAUUGAAACUGUAUGUCCUGGAGGGGAAAUGCAGCGUCACACUGUCUGGCCUAUCAGAUUCAAAGUGCGUCUUCAAUCACACUCUCACAGGAUCUUGUCAGAUUCGAUGUGUGGAUACAGAGUCCAUAUGUAAAAACACUAAAUACAAUGAAGAGAAGUGCGGCACAAUUAAGCGCAAAAACAGGUACAUCAUCAACACAAGAGCAACAAAAGAAAACUGUGUCAGCUGCAACAAUCCCGUGAAAAAGCCAGAGCAACUUAAGUAUGAUGGACAGAAUGUAUUUCAAGGAGAAACCCCCAAGGCUGAAGGAGCUGCCAUCUUCAUGAAAAACAUGUCCAACCUAGUCAACUCCUUCAGCGAUUCUUCAGCUGAUGUGGUUGGUGUGGGAAAAGGAGUUAGCGGUGUCUUUGUGAAACAAGAGCCCGAGGAAGUAGAGGAAGUCUCCUUUGCUUAUGGGUCUCCAAAUGACAACAUAAAUGUUAUAGAGGGCGGGGAUUCUCUGCCUCAGUUUUCAAGAUCUGUCACUGUGCCAAAAGAAGCAUUUGAUAAAGUUGUCAAUGCAAAUGUUAUUACACCAUUUGCAGCUGUUUUCAGAUUCCUCAACAUGACCUCGGAUGAAAAGAACAGCACUGUUUUAGGUAACGAGGUUUUAGCAGUGGAAAUGGGAACUGGGAUAGCCAAUCUCACAAACAAAAUACGCAUCCGUUUUUGUAACAUUAAAUAUGAAGGAACUCCAUCUUGUUGUUCGUGGAAUGGUGAAGGGAGUCGACCGACGUGGACUCAUGACGGAUGUCGGACGAAUAAUAGUGGAGAAAACAUUACCUGCGAGUGCUCACAUUUGACAUUUUUUGCCAUCUUAUUGGCUCCUGUAAAUGAAACCAUAUCUAGUAAUGAUCUGAACACCCUCACUAUCAUCACCAAAGUUGGCUGUGGCAUCUCCAUGUUUUUUCUCGGUCUCAUCCUCUUCAUCCACAUCCUAAUAAGGAAGACCAAAUCCAGGAUAUCCACAAGGAUCCUCAUCCACCUGGUGUCUGCCAUGUUCCUGCUUAACUUAACUUUCCUGACCAACAGCUAUGUGGCAAAUAUGAAGAGCGAUGUGGGCUGUAAGAUCAUGGCGGCUCUCAUGCACUACUUCAUGUUGGCCACUUUCACUUGGUUUGCUGUGCAGGCCUUCCACUUCAGCCUGCAGCUGUACUCGGGGAGGGGAAUUACAAUCCGUCACUACAUACUCAAAGUCUGCAUCAUCAGUUGGCUACUACCAAGUGUCAUUGCAAUUGUGCUGAUAAGCAUCGGAAAAUAUGGUGAACAACAAAUCAACUCUAGCGACACCAAGGACACCGUAGCCAUGUGCUGGAUAACGGACAAUGAUGUCCACUACAUUGUCAACAUCGGCUACUAUGCUUUGGUCUUCAUCUUCACCCUCACUGCCUUCAUCACCAUUGUGACCUGGCUCUGCUGUCUCAAGAGAGCAAGAAAUGGCACCGCACAAACGAGCACAAAUGGCAAGAACAUGGUAAACAUUCUGGGACUGUGUUGCAUCCUGGGUGUCACAUGGGGUUUUGCCUUCUUUGCCAACGGCGUCCUCCGCAUCCCAUCCUACUACAUUUUCACGGUCCUCAAUUCUUUCCAAGGUUUCUUUCUGUUCAUCUACUACUACAAGAGCAGCCACUCCAAAGAGAUGACUGAUGGUACCAGUGAUCAGAGCUCAAGCAACACCAGUGCUAUUAAAACCAGUGUGGAGAGCCUCACGAACCCCUACAUCAACAUGUCAUACAACAAAAGAUCACCACAGAUCACGAACGGCGACCAAAUAGUGGUAAAAGGGUCAGCAUAAAGUAAACACUACUGGCAAGUGGAAACUUCACCGAUGUUUAAUACUGCAGUAGGCAUCUUUCCAGACAUAUUUAUUGUUAGUUGUGUGUAGGAGUACGACUUUAAUGCUACAUUAUUUAGGUCCGUGGUUCCCAGCAGGUCCAGAUUUCGCCUGAGUCAUUAGCUCAAGGUUCACACAUUGUAAUAUAUUCAGCAUCAUACUUGCACCUGUUGUCAAGGUAGUUUGCUGUCUCUGUUAACAGGAAACAGCAUGUGAAAACAAAAACUGUCAUUUCUUCACUCGACACGGUCGCAGUUCAUUAAGUGAGGGUUACAACAGGGUGUGUUUCAUACAGUUAAAGUCAUGACUUUACACUAUGACUUCUUUUUAAUGCAACAAUGAAAAAUAUUUUUUGACUUAUUUUUCACUGGAAAAAUAUUCAACCCAUAGGGCCGCUUUAAUAUUACACACACUCGUAUCACUUUGCGCUUUUCAAAACCAAGCUUUAAAAAAUGUU